AAAAACAAAAGAGGACAGGAGCUGUUCUUCAUCUGUUAGAAAAACCUUAAAAGCAGUUAAACAACACAUUAACCUGCAAAUCUAUAUAUCCAAAUAUCCAAUCUUCUUUUUUUGUGAUUUUAAUCUUUUUCUUUAUUUUUGUCUGUCUUUCAAUAAAUUAGUCUUUGGAAUUUUGCAAAGUUUAUAAAUUUUCGAGAGGAACAGAGGGUGAGCUGAUUGAUGAAUUUUCAAUGAGAGGAGGAGUAGGUGGUAACAAAAGGAAGAUAAAAGCUUUAUCCGAUCAAUAGCAGAUAGAAAAUAGGAAAGAGAUUAAUUGCACAGAUUGGUAAUAUCUAUGGCCAGUGCGGUGAAGGUCAAGAGCGGCAACCUAGAUGGCUCUUCAAAGGGAAAGAUUGGCUAUUCUGUUACUAAGAAGAAGAUUGAGAGCUCAUCAAGCAAGCAGGUAGCUGAUGUAAAGCAGAAAUCUGUGCAAACUGUUACAAAAACUGAGGUAAAACCAAAGCCAACUUCAGUAUCAACAAAAAGUACCACAAAGACAACUACCACAAAGACCACUACCACAACAAAGGUGAAAGAGAAGAAAGUAUAUACUUUGGCAGGCCAGAAAUUUGAUCCUCCUGAAGAGAGAGAACCUCUGAGGAUCUUCUACGAGUCGUUGUCCAAACAGAUACCAACAAGUGAAAUGGCAGAAUUCUGGAUGAUGGAGCAUGGCCUAUUGUCCCCUGAAAGAUCCAGAAAGGCAUUCGAGAAGAAGCAGAGAAAGCAAAAGCAACUCCGGUUAGGAACUCCUAUUAAGUCUACAAAACCACCAAGUAAACCUGAGUCUACAAAACCACCAAGUAAACCUGAGUCUACAAAACCACCUAGUAAACCUGAGAGCUCACAGAGGCAACAACAGCAGGCAUCUAAGAAUGGUGAUGUAAAAGGCAAGAAGAGAGUUAUCAAGGAGAGCGACGACGAUGAUGACUUCAUUUUAAGUCCCAAGAGAAGGAGAGCGUAAGCGAAAAAUUAAAGAAUCCCUCAUCCUCUGCAGCAGUGUACUUUUAGAAAUUGCUUAAUUUAGAUUUCUUUAUUUUCAACUGAAAGAAGCCGGGAGCUGUAAGACAUCACAAAAGGUGAGAGAGAAAGACAUUCUUUAUAUUGUCUAACUUGUAGAAACAGUAAGCAAAGACUUUCAAUUUACUACUGUUUUCAUUUGUUCGACUUAGUGGUUUUCAGUACGUCAUUUGUGCUACAUGAAUUCUGAGGAGCCGAAAAAUAAUGUUAUUGUUAAGCUCUUCUUGUGCUAUUUAUCCCAUUCUAUUUUACAGGAUGGAAUUUCAUCGAAUUAGAUUCACAAAAACCGUUAACUAGCUUUUUCAUAC